GUGUGGUCUCGGGCUCUACAGUUACAGGCAGAACUACCCUUGUAUUGCUCCCUGGCUAGUUCCCCUCCACGUGAUCCGUACAACAUAAAUACUAACAUAGGAUUAAGCGCACGGGGCAACAUUACUACCAUACUUCUCGGAUGGAUGUUGGAAAAACAACAUUUCAUACCACAACUUGCAACGUGCAUCCGUCUUCAGGAAUGUAAAAGAUUUUUGACGAUGAUCCAUGCUCAACAUAGAGCAAUCGGUUGUGCUUUCACAAAUCAAUGUCGAGUAGGGAAUGCACACGUGAAUCUUCUUGUUUGCAAGUACGGCACAAGUGAAGGUCCCAUCGUCCCAGCAUAUAAGACAGGACUGCCAUGCACAAAGUGCAAGGAGGAUGUGUCGUUCUGUGAACAAGGUCUUUGCGUAUCGUGUUCACACGCUGCUAAUCGGUGUGAUUGUCGAAAAACAUGCAACAAACAAGCCAUUGGCAGCGGUUCACUUGAUAAUACCACGUGUACUUGUACGUGUGAGUACGGCUUGGGACCAAACUGUGAUGAGGACUGUGUAAAUCCAGAAAUGUACGAGGACUGGGAUGUUUGCGCUGCAAUCACUCACCAGGAUUGUCAGACAGCUGAUGCCGAGGAAAGAGCAAUCCUUCGGGAGAUGUGCCCAGUUCAAUGCACAUGCAGUCGUCAUCCAGAAGCAAGUUUGAGGCAGAAUGAUGCAAACGCACCAGCUAAAUCAGAAGUUUGAAGAAUUAUUGAAAUACUGCGACGGAAUAUUACCAUGGUUUAACAUUUCCUAGCAUGUUUCGGGAUUGUGUAGAUCAAUAGAUGAGUUUUUCAGAAUUGUAUAGCAGUGUUAGUUAACUAUGUUGGACAGUGUUGGUUUAUUUUGUGAACAGUAUACUGACAUCAGAUACAGGAACAACAUUGUACUAUGUAUGUUUAACAUGAAACAAAUUACUUAAAGCAUUCACCUGCAGGUAAUUUUAGCAUCUUAUGUUGUUCCGAUAAUGAUAAGUAUGUGCACACGUGCAUUAGUAUAGUUUUUCCGACAUUGUCUAUUUCUCUAUGGUGACAGAUUCUAGACGUACACAACGAUUUGUAUGUGUGCAGUAGACAUGCACUCACUAAUAUAUGGGUACAUUUUAGCUAUAUACCAUACACAUUUGUUUUACAUUUUAUGUCUUUAAUUAAA